CUAUAACAAAGAUACACAAUGCUGACUUUGGAAAUGUUCUCGUUAUUAGACCUUGCGGACCACUACAGUGGAGAACUGAUUUCACACAUCCAUUAAAAAUCAACCUUGAGUUCAGCUAGUGAAAAGUCAUAUGCAAAAAUUGCCUAGGAAAAGUUGCUUGCGUUGUACAUUUUGAGGCAAAAUGCAGAUCGGAGAAUCUGUUUACGAAGCCUCAAAAACAAACAUUCCAGUGUCCUGAAGCUCCACGGGCCGCGCGCUAAGUCAACGCCUGGAUGUGCAACGUUUAUAUUCAACAAUCAAUUGAGGUAUUCAGUAAUGUGGGCCCGAGCAACACACAAAUGCAGCUGUGUCCAGUCAGCUUCCUAGAGCUCCGCAGGAUGCACGGACAGUCCCCAGGAGUCUCCGCCUCCCUCGCGUGCGAUGGCUUCUCAGGUCCCUGCCGCUGUGUUUUUCUUCCCUGUCCUGGGCAGCGCGCACAGUCACACAUACACACAGCUUUCUUUUCCCUGGAUCCACCAUCCUGGGCUGAGAAGCCAGGAGAGAGGGUGGCGAGGUUUGGAGGAACCGCUGGGACGACUGGAUUUUGAGUAGCGAUUCUUCACCAUGGACAGAUUCUUCAUCGUCUUUAGAAGCCUGGUCCUGUUGCAGGUGCUCUGCUUGGCCUUAUCGCAAGUGACCGGUCCGCCUGGAGCGCAGGGCCCCCCUGGUCUCCCCGGCCCCGCUGGAACUCCCGGCGCCGACGGCAUUGAUGGUGAAAAGGGUCCUCCUGGACCUCCUGGACCAGCAGGUCAAAAGGGAGAGUCAGGUGAGCCCGGUCCUGAUGGAUCUCCAGGGGAGGAUGGCAUCGAUGGUUUGAUUGGGGCUAAGGGUGAGAGGGGCCCUCGUGGUAAUCCUGGACCAAAGGGUCAGCCAGGGCCUGGUGGGUCACCAGGGCGUCCUGGACCUGGACUGGCUGGACUUCCUGGAGCAGCAGGACCCAUUGGGCUUCCUGGACAAAUUGGGCCUACUGGGCCAAAGGGGGACAUGGGAAGUCCUGGAGCUCCAGGUUUACCCGGACCUCCAGGAAAGCCGGGUCCGCCAGGAAAGUUUUUGGGUGUAGAGGAAGGCAGUGCUGACUUUCAG